CUCUCUCCUUUCUGUACCCAAAUCUCUCUCUCUCUCUCUCUCUCUCUCUUAGGGAAAGAAAAACAACAAAAAAAAGAUUAUAUUUUUCUCAAGAAUAGUCCCAAUAGCUAGCCAUGGCAUCAUCUACAGCAAUUGCAGGCAAACGGGCCAUGGCCCAAAUCCCUGAGCCUCUCUCAUCUCAACUUGAUUUGGGCUUCCCCUCAAAGUCCAUCUCAAUGAAGAAGAAACCCACCAGAAGCAUUAAAAUCUACUGUGUUCAGAACUUAUCUCCAUUGAAGCACCUUCAUUUUCCCAAGAAAAAUCACCAGUUGCCAACUAUCAUCAGAAAGGAACCAGUUGAUGUCGAUGUCCAUCAAAUACCCAAAAAGGAAACGCCACCGCACUGGAAUAUACUGCAAAGAGCUGCCGCCAAAGCCUUGGACAUGAUGGAGGGCACGCUGAUCUCAAGUGAGCGCCGCCGCCCGCUGCCCAAGACCACCGACCCGCGUGUCCAGAUUGCCGGAAACUUCGCUCCGGUGCCGGAGCAGCCCGUCCACCACUCACUUCCGGUCUCCGGGUCCGUGCCCGACUGCAUUCGAGGGGUUUACGUCAGGAACGGCGCCAACCCGCUGUUCGAGCCAGCGGCGGGGCACCACUUGUUCGACGGCGACGGCAUGGUUCAUGCCGUGACAAUCAAUGGCGGUUCGGUCAGCUAUUCUUGCCGGUUCACAGAGACUCACCGUCUCGUCCAGGAGCGGAGCUUGGGCCGGCCGGUUUUCCCCAAGGCCAUCGGCGAGCUCCAUGGACAUUCCGGUAUUGCUCGGCUCUUGCUUUUCUUUGCUCGAGGAGUUUUUGGGCUUGUCAACCACCGGCACGGCACCGGAGUGGCCAACGCUGGUUUGGUCUACUUCAACCGGCGGCUCCUCGCCAUGUCGGAGGAGGACCUUCCUUACCAAGUCCGAGUCUCACCUUCCGGCGAUCUCGAGACAGUUGGACGGUACGACUUUAACGGCCAGCUCCGGUCGGCCAUGAUUGCUCACCCGAAGCUCGACCCGGUGACCGGAGAGCUUUUCGCUCUCAGCUACGACGUCGUCAAGAAGCCGUAUCUCAAGUAUUUCCUAUUCUCGGCAGACGGAACCAAGUCGCCGGAUGUUGAGAUUCCUUUAGAAGCUCCUACGAUGAUUCAUGACUUCGCGAUCACUGAGAACUACGUGGUGAUUCCGGACCAGCAAGUGGUGUUCAAGCUCCAAGAAAUGGUGGGGGGUGGCUCGCCGGUGAUCUAUGACAAGAACAAGAAAUCCCGGUUCGGAAUUCUAUCCAAAAGGGCUAGAAAAGCGUCGGAGAUUAUCUGGGUCGAGUCACCGGAGACCUUCUGCUUCCACAUCUGGAACGCCUGGGAAGAACCGGAAUCCGACGAGGUCGUCGUCAUCGGCUCAUGCAUGACGCCACCGGACUCCAUUUUCAAAGAAUGCGACGAGAACCUGAAGAGCGUACUCUCCGAAAUCCGGCUCAACUUGAAGACCGGCGAGUCUACUCGCCGGCCUAUAAUCCCGCACUCCGAUCAUAUCAACUUGGAAGCCGGCAUGGUGAACCGGAACAAGCUCGGCCAAAAGACCCCAUACGUUUAUCUCGCCAUUGCCGAACCAUGGCCAAAGGUCUCCGGCUUCGCCAAGGUCGACCUCUCGACCGGAAAAGUUCACAAGUUCAUCUACGGCGAGGGAAGAUACGGAGGUGAGCCAUAUUUUGUCCCGAGAGAUGUGAAUUCUGAGAGAGAGGAUGAUGGGUACAUUCUGGGAUUUGUUCACGACGAGAAGACAUGGAAAUCGGAGCUUCAGAUCGUAAAUGCCAUGAAUCUGAAGUUAGAGGCAUCGGUUAAGCUCCCUUCUAGGGUUCCAUAUGGCUUUCAUGGAACAUUCAUAAGUUCAGAAGAAUUAGCAAAGCAAUUAUAGCGCCUGUACAUAUAUACAUAAAACGGAGGUGAUUAAAUUUAAAUAAAUAUAUAUACACCAGGCGUUGUUGAUAUAUAUAUAUAUAUAUAUAUAGAAUCAUGCUAAAUGUAUAACCUUUUUAUAUAUCUUGGGUUACAUAAACGAGUAUUAUGAU